UUUCUAAUCCAGCUUUAUUGCUUGAUUUUCAAAUUCCACAAUUAACCAUCUCAAAUUAGCCAAGCAAGCAUCCUAAAUACUAAAAUGGACAAAGACUGAGCCAAAAUAACCUCUCUCACUGCAGACGGAAUCCGGAAAAUCUACGAGAUGGAGAACAAGGAUGAGGAGAAGAAUGAAGAUAAAAUCUACCUCCAAGUCCUUCAAGUAAGAAUUUACGAAGAGAAUGAUAAGAACAAAUCCGUUAAGCAAAAGUUCAUUCUUUCUGAUGGAUUCUCGACAUCCAUAGUCUUCCUGGACAAGAAGAGGUAUAACAAGUACCAAGGUGUUUCUGGGAAGAUAAAGAUUAAUGAUAUUGUGUAUAUCACGAGAGUUGCCAAGAAGGUCAACUCUCCAAAGUCAUACCUCUUCUGCCUAGAUAUCCCCAAACUUGUAUAUACAGGGCUUCGUGCCAAGAUAGGCAAGCCGAAAGAUUAUAAUACUAAUCUGAGCAAUGGCUUAUUCCCUCAUGAUGAUAUCGAUAUAUCUAUUCCAAAGGAUGUUGUAGCUAAGAUGGAUGAAAUAGAAGCAGAGCAGACAGAUGAUCAUUUUGACGAAAUGGCUCAGAACCCAGCCUCUAUAAAUGCUCAUAGCAGCUACACUCCUAUCAGAGCACUUAAUUCUUUCGUACCUGAAUGGAAAAUCAAAGCCAAGAUUAGUAAGAAAGGAGAGAUAAAGAGGUGGAGCAAUGCCAGAGGUGAAGGAUACCUUCUGAACAUAAAUCUAAUCGAUUUCAAUGGAGAUAUGAUCCAGGCUACUUUCUUCAAAGAAGCUGUGGAUAAAUAUGAGCCAAUCCUUGAUGAAGGAGCUGUCUAUACAUUCUCAAAUGGAUCCAUCAAAAAUGCUAAUAAGAAGUUCACAACUAUUCAGAAUGACUUCUGAAUCAACUUCGGGACCGAUGCUGAGAUAGAAAGGUCUGAAGAUGAUGGGUCAAUAGCAUCACCAGAAGUGAAGUUUACUCAAAUCAGUGCUAUCUCAGGUCUUCCUAAUGGAACUUGAAUCAAUGUUAUUGGAGUUGUUCUUGACCUCUCUGAUCUUGAGACAAUCAGACUCAGAGCAGGAGGAGAGAAGAACAAAAGAAUGAUCGAAAUUGCUGAUAAUUCUGAUGACCAAGAGGGAUGAUCUAUUAAAAUAUGCUUCUGGGGUGAGAAAGCAAGCGAGCUCACCUUCCAAACAGGAGAUAUAGUUUCAUUUACUUCCCUUAAAAUCAGUGAUUUUAAUGGAAAGUCCUUAAACACAAGUUCGGAAACAGCCAUUUCAGUUAACCCAAAAUGAAAAGAGACUAAAUAAGCUGACUAGAUGGUAUGGGGAUAUCAAGGAGCAAGCUCAGUUCAAAUCUCUCACUCAGAACAGGAGCGAUAUGGAAAAGAGAAGUAAUGAGAAUGUCAGAACAAUUGCUGAGAUGCAGACCUCACUCAAAAUGGCACCACUUGCUGGGAUCGAUGCUUGUUCACAAUUUUAUGUAAUCAAUGGCUAUGUUUCAUACAUCAAGGCUGAUGAAAGAUCAACAUAUCUUGGCUGCCCUGACUGAAGCCGGAAGAUAUUCCAAGAUUAUGAAGGAAAUUUCCGGUGUGAAAACUGUAACAAAAGUCUUGAAAAAGGGGAAUUCAUAUACAUGCUUGCAGCCAAGAUAUCUGAUGGUUCUGAUUCGAUCUUCAUAAAUUUCUAUAGAAAUAAUGCAGAGCCAAUAAUGGGUGGCAUGACAGCAGAAACUUAUAGCAAGUUUAGAGAAGAGCAUAUGGUCAAGAUUACUGAGAAUGAUAAACAAGAAUCUGGCUCUUUGGAUCUUUUCAAAGAGAAAAUUGCUUCAAACUUUUAUAAACAUCAUUCGAUCUUAAUUCGAGUACGUCCAGAGGAGCACAACAACGAGAUGAGAUUUAAGUUCGUUGGAACUAAGAUCCUAGAUUUCAGUUUCAAAAAGGAGAACUGGAACCUUCUAGACAGGUUAGAAUGAUACUCUUUCAAGCCAGAUUGUUCAAACUAUUGCUAAAUUCUGCCUUAAUUUCAAUAAUUUCAACAAAAAAAUCCUAAAUU